UUUUUUUGUUUAGAUAUACACAUAACUAUUUUUAUAGACUUUUCUCGGUUUCAUACUUAAUUUUAACCUUGGAUGAAAACUAACAAAGGCAGUUAUACUUGGAAGAGUCUGAUUUCUUCUGCAACCUCAUAAGUAUUGUUUAGCGAUCAGUAUCAAAAUUAAUAAUUAGGAAAAGGGCAAUUUGUAUAUAAUAAUCCUGAAAUAACGAAUGGUGCCAUAAAGUUAAGAAAAACAAUCAGGCAACCUUUUGAUGAAGUUUUUAUUUAAGGGCAGUUCAAAAGCAACCUUUCUUUACCUUUUCUUUUUAAGAUUAAAACUUCACAAAUAGAAAAUUAUUUAUUGUGAGGAAGCUACUUGUAUGAAUUAUUUGAUUUAGACUAGUGCAUAGUGUUAUGUUGUGAUUUAAUUUUAUUCUUAGUUUAAAUGAAUUUUAAUCUUUAUCAAGUAUUAUCAUUAUUCUCGGCGCCAACAAAGAAAAAUAUAAUUUAAACCACGAGUAAAAUUGAACCACAAGAUGUUUAUACUUGAAUAGAAAAGAUUCCGAAAAAUUUCAAACCGUGGUAAGUUACAAAGAGCAAGUUGAUAGUCUCUGCUUUAUACACCUAGAACCUGAAGUACUCAGUUACGUACAUUAAACAGUGGUGUUGUCCCUAGUUCAAACAAAGUUACCUCUUGUACUUCUGAACUGUCUUACACAGACUGAACUGCCAGAAGGCCUCAAUCAAACCAGACUCAAGUCAAUUCUUCAAGGUUAUGGAGAAUACCCCGCUAAAUACAGGUACAGACAGUUUAAAGAUGACUUGAAUUGAGUUAUUGCUACGUUGACCCUAUAAAACACACUAGUUAAAAACAGUGGUGCGCUAAUUGCACCAAUUACAAUACACAAUAACGAAAAGAAUAGGGAAAAAACUUGAAAGGUGGAAGCUGGUAGUGAAGCACAAUUUCUCCUUUAAGGGACUAAUGAGAAAAUUCAGUCACGAGGAGUGCGAAGGAGAACUUUCAAGAAUGCUGAAUCAUUUUGAAACGAUACAGUCUUAAAAGCGGGCAGAUCAUUCAGGGAUUGGUGCAAUUACUCUUUUGCCUACGGCUUGUCGGCAAAAAAAUCAAUGUUGAAUAGAGUGACUGAAGGUCUUCUGUCAAAAAGAAAAAAGACUUGAGGACCUUCAACCUUCCAACCUUUCUACUACAUGUAUGUGAAGUAAAUUAGACCACUACUCUGGGAGAAUAACCACACAUAUUAAAAGAAAAAUAAAAACAAAAACAAAAAGAAAAAAAGAAAAAAUGCAAAGAAAUGCAGCUUGCUGGCAUACAUUGUUUUUGCAGGAUGUUCAUUUGGCGGUCACUUCUUAAACUUCCCGAGAACCAUGCAGCUUACAGUAGCUUGGUAGACAAAGGAACACACACUGCUUUUGCAAGACUGCAUGAAGAAUACCCAAUAAAGAGCAGGAAACUUCUUAGAGUGCUUCAAAGGUUCGUACUAAUCAGUAACGAUCUCCACAAGCCACAUACACUAUAGUCCCUAAUUUUCGUGAGAGAUUGUAGAGCAAGUAAAAUAUGCGAGUAUGCGUCAAGAUCAGCUCCCGCCAAAAGGUAAAACACUUUCCUUUGCCUGCGUUGCUAUGGGAUUUGUCACCACCUCUGCAUCAUUCCACGGGUACUGUAUUUUUUUUUAAGCUUGCGCCGCCUAAACAGCACUCCUUCACUCUGAUCCCGCUAGCGUUGAAAGCUACACUUCCAUCUAUGUAUCACCUUCGUCGUGAGUUGCGUUUUACAAGCACGUGUGCGUACAUGUAUGUUGCUCGUUUUACUAUCCCUGGGAAAAAAAGUAAUCUCCUUAUUCGUGGUCCCUGUACAUUUUGAAUGUACCCAGCAGUAGGCAGUUUAUUGCAGUGUAAUCUGUUACAAAUAUUAGAACGAUUGAUUUUUAAUGUCGCAGAAAAAUCACUGGUUUUGCAAAACGUAAGGAAAUUUUCUUUUCAGGUUACCCCCUAAUAAAAGGCUCCCGUAAAAUGAGUACAUAUUCAUGGAAUUCCCUUACCCAAUCAAACAAGCCCCACCCAGCCUCCCAUCCCUGCUGUCAAGGAUUUGCUCUGUUUGCUAAACGAGUAAACUUUCAUUAAUGCCCAGUCUACUAACUACAGUGGAACCUCGAUAUAACGAAGGGACUGGCAAAAUUUGUUCGCUGUAACGAGGUUUCGUUAUAUCGAGAGUUUUUUUUCAUAUAUUUUAAUAUUACUGGGGUAAAGAAAAUCAUUUGUAAAGGAGUAAAAACAAUUUUUUUUUGAAUUUGUUUUGUAGAACAUUAUCAGCAUUGGCCCACUGGUCUUCCAUAUUUGGUGAAGUUGAUUACCUUGCUCUUUUGUCCUUUCCAUUUGUAAAGCUGUUCCAGAACAAUCAGUUGAUCUGUUUUGAGAUGAUAGCAACGAUCCUCAGUAUGUUAUGUUAUAUCUUCUUACAGUAAUAUUUUAGCCUUAAAUCCCCAAAGUAUUCCAUGAUCAUCUUGGUCACGGAAAACUUGAUACUUUUGAUAUUACUUUUCGUGUUAAUUAUGUUCAUUUUGAUACUACAUUAGAGGCUCUCUUGACGGACACUCUCGUAAGCGGUCAGCUCUACUUAUAGCCGCGGCCACAAAACCCCGUUUUAACCUCCAUACACCCUCUAUUUUUACAUACCCGUGAGCAGACAUUUUCGUAAGCUUCUCCGGACACUUUCAGGGUGUACGAGUUAGUUUUUAGCGUUGUUUUUAAGCUACUUUGAGCGGACGUCCGAUUGUAUUGAAAUUUCAUUCGCCUCUGAAGGUUGUAUUUUAAUAGAUCAACCUUAAAUCACUGUUCGUCACAAUCUAUUUAUAUAAGUUUCAGUCUUCACAAACACAUCCGGUUAUACUUCAAGACGCUUGUUAGUUGUAGCCAAAUGCUAAUAUCCAAACACUCUUUUUACAUUUCUAAUUUUUAUGUAUAGCUGGGCAAGCUCCCUUAAACGGCCAUUUAACCCUUUCGCCUCUAGUGGCCGCAUACGAGAACCAUUCUCGUAAGCGGCCAGUUCCAGUUACAAACACCUUUUCCGCGUUCCGAGGGUGUCCGCUGACGAGAACUUCCACUUUAUUAACUGACAUUAUUUUUUUGUCGUGAAAUGAUCAAUUUCUGCAGCAAACUGGUGCCAGCAUUGGUUUGAGUUCUUUCCCAACCCUCCUGUAAACAUACUCGGCAUGGUUGAGAAUCUGUUGGUACAUCAUGACAAGAGAAUAAUGCAACAUUUUGUCAGCUGUAACGUCACAUCACAAGUGAGUCCAUUACUUAAGGGAGUUCUCAAUUGACAUGUUGAAAGUAUAAAAAGCCUUGGCAGGGUUCUCACUGAGAUUUCAGAUUGCCAGGUUAAUACAACAAGUAGGCAGGGAAUCAAACAGCUAAGGAUUUCUUUUGGUUCUAUUUUUCUUCUAUUUUCCUAUGAAAGUAGUCGGGGGCCACGUUCAUAGUAGCCAGGGGAAAUCUCCGGCCCCCGCCUCUUAAUGACUGCCCUGCAGUUGGUUACACACACCGUGGGACAAGUAAUUGCAGGUUAUCCAGGCGGCAUUUUUAUUGCUGUACAUUUCACGCUCGAGUUUGCUUGUCUCGGUACUUCCCGCACCUUUUUUGUGCGGGAAAUUUCGUAGCCACCCCACUGAUUGGUUGUUUUAUAAUGCUGCUCGCUUUGAUUGGAUGAAAAAUCUCGUACCAUCUUCUUGGCCAUUCAAAAGUAAGCCAAAACUCGUCUUGACUUCGACUGAGACUCACUUGCGUUCUCCCGCCUUUUGGCGCCGGCCGCUACAUAUAGUCCCGCUUUUUUGACGCCCCUGUUGCCGUUUUCGUCGUGUUUGCUUUCAUGAAUCUGCCUUGACACUUGAUUGUUUUUGUCGUUUUACUGUAUGUACCAUAAUUACGUUGUUUUUGAUAUUAACAGUAACGAAAAAACUAAUUGUUAAACGUGUUUAUGUCCAGUAUUACAUACAAUCGUUGUUUUGUUUUCAGAUAUACGCCUGGCCGCUGUUACAGACUCUGUUAUCAGAGGUGCUUACCAAGGAUGAAUGGCUUAGAGCUUGGGAUAACAUCUUUUCCAACCAUCCGUCAUUCCUUCUAUUUGUAGUAGUAGCUUAUGUCAUCGUUUCACGUAAGGUCCUGCUUCAGUGCUCGAGGAGAGAAGAUUUCGAGGUUAGAAUGAUUUACACUUUAAUAUGAUUAUGGCACCGAUAAAUGCCGAAAGCCGCAGCAAAUUUUUCUUUGGCAAAAUCCGUCGGCACCGCUGGAAAGAGUGCCUUAAAGUUAGCAAACUGGCCAAAUUGGAAAGAGAUACGUCUUAAGUUUAAUGUUCUAUCAGAGAGCUUAGGAAACUGCGAUGACGACGCAGACGACGGCAACGAUAACAAUAAAGAAGGGUUUACUGAGCAACACAACAACUCCGUACAUGCAACAAACAGCUCUUUUUGAACCAAAACUUUUAACGCAACUCUUGGAAACGUAGGAGAACUGGAAUAAUCGCAAUGAAUUGGUUUGAAAGAAAGGCAACGCUUUCUUUACAGCACUGUUGUUGUUGUUUCGAGUGGUGAGCGAAGCAAGCUUCGCGAGGGGCGCUUUUGCGUGCCGCUCUCAUUUGACCUCUUACUUGACCAUAUCCCCUCAAAUGGAGACCUUGCUCUCAGGAUAAGCGCUGAAUGGAAGUGUAAAGCGCGGGAAAAAGCAUGGGCAAAAGCAACAAACAUAAGUGUUUAAUUGGUUAAGGCAGAUAUCCAAGAUUUAGUACCCAAUCACAAAGCACGGCAGUGCGUUAAAUGGCCACAACCGCGUCAGAGAACACCGCUUUAUGUAUUUAAACACACUGGUUGUUUGUUUAUUUUUUUAACACAUUUUUUUCCCUCUAGUAUUUCUUUCAUAACCGGAAUGCUGUUGACGUUGGCACAGUGAUACGUGAAGCUUACCGUUUACAAGAAGGCACUCCAGCAGAAGUGAACCCAAAGAGAAUGCUGGAGCCUUUUACUCCACUCACCAAAGGGCAGUACCCCAUCUUCAAUAAAUACCCCAAGUUUAUUGUGGAUUAUCAGGUGAGCUUUUGACCGUCAUUAAGUUACUGCACUUUAAGUUCAACUGAAAGUUGUUAGAAGUGAACAUUUAAAAUAACUACUUGGGCGUUUUUUGGUCUCUAAAUCCAUGUUUCAUUGGUAGAUGUUAUUUUGGUCUUCAUUGUUACUUCUUUCGGCAGGUCCAAGAAAGGGAACGUAUUCGCCAGGAAGAGCUCGAAUAUUUGAGGCAGAGGUAUUUAAUGUUUUAUGUGGAGACAAACUUCGAUUACGCAAAUACACAUUGUUUAUAUAAUAUUAAAGAGAUUUCUUUUCUUCAUCUUUAUUUGCAUCAUUGUUGUAAGCUUUGACUUGUGUUUGUCAGGCAAUUGGCGCAGGAGAUGAAGGAGGUGGCCUCUCAGCGCCAACAGGAAGAGGAAGCUUUCUACCGUCAACAGGAACUCAUGGUAGACGCUGAAAACCAAAGGAGAAGAAUGAUAAGUCAGGAGGAACAGAAGCUCAGCGAUCAGAGAAGCAGGUUUGUUUCGGUAAAAUUUUUUUGUUACAUCGUUGUCAUUCAUGCGCUUGGCGUUAGCCUUGGCAUUUGUCGAUGGAUUUCUAGCUUGAGGUGACUGACUCAGUGAGACAGUGGUUUGUUGGUUUGUUUUAAAAAGGAAUAUCCACACUGUCAUCGUCAAAUUGAUUCUAGCUCGUUAGAAAUGUGUUUAUUUAUAAUCCUACAUGAGAAAUUUCUGCAAUUUGAUUGGCUUAGAGGAGUGGUACUUCAGCUUAAUUUGAAAUACCUACAUGUGAAAAUUACAAACCUUUUGUGGGUAGUAGCAUAAACAAUUAAUAGCAUGAUUUGUAUGUGAUAUUUGGCAUAAAUACCACUCGUGAUAUUUCGUAAUUGUCUCAAAUAAUUAUGUAUAACAAUUUCGAAAUAUCACUCGUGGUAUUUAUGCCAAAUAUCACUACAAAUCAAGCUAUUACCUAUACAAAUAAAAAUACUUUUUUUCUUAGAAGUGGGAAAAAAUUGGAAUUAAGAAAUUGAAUAGGGUCAUAAGGCAUAAAUACCACUCGUGAUAUUUCGUAAUUGUCUCAAAUAAUUAUGUAUAACAAUUUUGAAAUAUCACGGUAUUUAUGCCAAAUAUCACUACAAAUCAAGCUAUUACCUAUACAAAUAAAAAUACUUUUUUUCUUAGAAGUGGGAAAAAAUUGGAAUUAAGAAAUUGAAUAGGGUCAUAAGGCUCGGUCUACUGCAAUUGGAAGAGAUACUUUAGCGUGGCUUAUUGCUACCCAUAAAGGCAGGUAUAGGCAAAGGCUACUCCAAAAGACAAUGCCUUCCACUCCUUUAACGGUCCUAUGCGGCGAUACCUUUAAGCAUUUGACGCAGUCAUUGAAAUUCAGUUUGGAAUGGUAGGGGUAAAUGGUAAAUAGCCCUUUUUUUGCCUCACUUUCUUUUUUAUUUUAGACUGCAAGCAAUGAAGCGAGAAAUUCACCUGCGUGAGCUGCAACUGCUGGACGCUGUUCGCAGGCGCUUCAUGCAUCAUCAACAGACCCUGAAAGAGACGGAGCUCCAGCGACUUGAUGAUGAGAUAGAACGCAAGGUCGGUCUGUCUGUAUACAAUAGUGUAUAGUGUUCAAUAGUGAUUCACGGUAUUUUAGUGUUCCUUGCAAAAAGACGCACGCGCGCAUAUUGAUAUGUAAAGGAAACAAUACAUUUCGCCACCUCUUACCAACAGCAAGUUGGAUUUUAUCGUUUCUCCACUUUAGUUCUAGCCCCUCGCGUUAAUCACUUUUUCAACUGACAUGAACCGCAGCCGAGUUUGAUAACCGCGUGUUGCCGUCCAAAGUUUGAUUCUUUUCCCUCUGUCUCCAGCAUAACGUUUUUGGGUCGAGUCGCGGAACGUAUACGAACAUAAGCAAUGCUCAUUUUCAAACGACAGCAAUGAUCAAAGAUCAAAAUAAGUAGCAGAAGACUUCCUUCACUUAAUUUGUGUAAAGUCGGGAACCUCACUACAACGACCUGCAAGUUUGGGACAGGCAUAUUGGGCCGGUGCAAGAGGGUGGCCGUUUCAAGGAAGUUGCAUGUAACGGGACACCCUGCCAACAGAGCCUUUCUUUCGCAGCUUGCUUGAUUGUGGGGUACUUGAGAAAGACUCUACUAAAAUCGAAUAAGAUCUUUGUUGAGCAUGCGCUACAUGUGGCUAGGAUGCAGUUUCGUACUCAGGCCUAAUAGCUUGGCGCUUGGUUCAGCGGGCUCAGUUUUUUGUUAUGAACAUCGGUUUAUGAAUAGAGAGUUUAAACAUUACGCAUACGGCAAACGGGAAACGUCAGAUUCAAGUUGAAAUGUCUCAAAAUAGAAAGUGAGCAGAUAAAAACAGCUCAAAACAAUUCUUAUGGACAAAAAAAUGCGUGAAACUACUAAUUUAUCUGUUUAAAUAAUAAGCAGUAAACGACAAGUGAAGGGGAAACUUGGUCACGUGGUACAAAUUCGCGUUUGCCGUUAGGCAUGAACGUGAUGCUUAACCUCUCUAAUACACGGAUGCUCGCACUCUAAAAACCAGUUUGACGAGGAAAAAAAAACAAGAUUGACUUGUCCAAAAGUUCGGGCUGCGGCGACCUCAAAGUUUUGACGCGAUUCUGGCAGAAUGUUUAUUUGAAAUGGAGCUCAGUUUAGAGGCCAUCAUUGGAGAGCUUUAGCAAGGACGACGGCGACGGCAACGAGAACUUCAGAAAAGCCGGAUAGGUUUGAUAAGCAACAGGCAAAAAAACAAGUUCGCACGUGCAGCACGCCGUUUGUAACAUUUCUUUGCCAUCCCUGCAUGACCAUGGGGAGGAAUUUCCUCAUGCGACGUCGCAUGGAGGACGUAUAUGUUGCAGUUAAUUUGUUAUUUCAAUAAUUUUUGUUUUUCCUUUGUUUUAAAUUCAUUAGCAUACAAAACCAUACUCAGAAACAAUGGGAAAAUAACAAUUAAUUGAAAUAAAAAAUUAACUACAACAUCUACACACGAUCACGAAUAUUUCUUCUACUCUCUGAAAUUUCUGUCUAAGAGUCUCUGUGGUCAUGGUUUAACGUCACGAUCCUCAUCUGUACUUUGUGUUAUUUAUAGGCUUUGCUAAGAGAGCAAGAAACGAGGCAUGCUAUUGAAGAUGCAGAGAUUAAAGGACUGGAGCUUCAGGCACAGAAAGAGAUGCUUCAGCAGGUUAGUGAGAUAAUAUAUCACUGAUCAGAUAUUUGUUUAAAUUUUAGGUGAUCUGAUGUGAUUUGCAUCUAAUUAAGUUAUCAUAAUGUAACUACUUGAUCAGAUGGAUAGGUAAUGGGAAUAAAUGAAAUCACCUGCGAUAAAAUUUCUUGAUUGUUUUACAAAUUCUCCUCAUUAGCCAGAAGUAAUGAGUGACUGCCAUAAGUAAUGUGUGAAUAAGAUGCAUGUUCAUAUUAGUGCUUGAGGGGUUCACAUCGGUUUUCUGCCGACUUCUUAGCCUAAGUAGCUGCUGUUGCAGGGCGGUGAAGGCAACUUCAUUCGCGGCGAAGAUGGCGAGGAGUAAAGGAGAAACCUAAUUCCGUCCUUCGGGCUCAUGCACAUGUCACCGGCUUCCCCCAGCGUUAGGACCCCGGGCCAACCAGGGGAUAAUCAUUGUAGUCUGCGUAGCUGGCUCAAUUUUUCGCGCGCAACUGUUAACAAAGACCACAAAAUUUUGUAUUCUCCUUUAAAUUUUCUUUGAAGUUUGAACAAAAUGUCCACAGGGGCAGAGAAACCAAACCAUCCGCUUGUUUCCCCGCAACAUCCCGCUGGGGUCCUACCCCAGGGGAAGCCGAUAACAUGUGCAUGGCUUCCCCGAGCUGUAUCGAGUUUGCCAGCUACGGAGGCUCUAAAACGUUUACAAUAUUCUAUUAAGCCAAGGUUGUGCCUCUGUUUUGUUUCACGUAGGACCUGAUACGUGAUGAACUACAGUCCUCGUUUAAGCAGCGAGCAGAGCAAACGGUCCAUAGAAAACAACAAGAGUUGGAAGGUCAGCUAUUUAAACGAACCAUGGACGCUGUCCAGGAGGUCGACAUUGAUUCGCAAAGGGUAAAGAUACAUCUAACUCGUUCUGCAAUGUUAAGUCCCAUUAAGGUAGAGGGAAGCAGCGAAAAAUUUCGAAAACUUCUUUUGGUAGGAUUUUGGAGCAGCUAGGAUGGCCGGCAUAACAGAAUAUUGUACGCCAGAAUGGGCUGCCGGUUUGAAAACGUUGUACGUUGUACUUGAUUCAUCUAGAGUUGAUUUCUAUUUGCUCUUUUUUGCGGAAUAACGACAAUGAAUGCGCCCUUAUUCUUCUUGAGAGACUGCCUGCUAUUUGUCCAAUCUUGCGCAUUUAAGCUUUUUUUUUGUUAGUUAGUUUUAUGGGUCGAGUUCAAAUGUUACCUUCCCUUUGAACGCAGGGACAGGUGAAUUUCCAGUUAACAAACAGAAAGCCACACUUUUAAAACGUAUUUUUUAUAACCAUAAAAGGCUGUAAUAAUGGCCCAUUGGAUAGACCCCGAGUUUUUUUUUUUUUCUCAUAUGUUUGCUUUAGGCCUCUUCCACACGCAUCCGAAAUUUUUGAAUCCGCAACUGUUCCUUUCCAGAUUAAAAAAUUUCCACGUCCACGCGUAUCCGCAUUCAAAUCGAAUUUGCCCAUCCACACAUAUCCGACACGUAUCCGGACUCACUCUAGUACCCAGGACUCCUCUGGAAAUAUUGGCAAUAGAGCAUGCUUCGUAAAGCGUGUGAAAUUUGCAUCUAGCUCUGCCUUGAGAGAACCUGGGAACGAGGUUGCUUUCUUGAAUACAGUAUUCACGGUAAAGAACUGGGCUCGUUCUUGUUACGUCGCUGGAUAAAAAAAUAUCCGGAUUUAGCGUCCACACGAUUCCCGAUUUGUGGCGUAUUCAAAAAUUUCCACUCUGGAGAGUGGAUUCCAAAAGUUACGGAUUCGUAUGCCGGAUUCACCGGAUACGUGUGGACGGAAGCCUAAUCCGCAAAGAAAAAAAAUCCGGAUUCAAAAAUAUCCGGAUACGUGUGGACGGGACUUCAAUUUCUCCGACGCUCGUGGAUAUUCAUUUUUGCAAGUACCAUAUUUGGAACGAGAAGAAAAGAUAACUGACCAAUCAAACUUUGUAAACGACGUAACGAAAUUGUACUCCACGUUCCCGCGCCCGCCCAAAAAAUUGGGAUCUUAAGCAACAAUGACGGCGACGUUCAGUCCGUCAAAUGUCAGCAACUUUUUCUGAGUUGAAUUUUAAAGACUGUAUCGAAGUUCAGGAAAAGAAAAAAAAAAAGUCGUUGUCUUCUGUUUUUGCCCUCCACAAACGUGAAACUAGGCACUUUUACGCCGUAGUCGUGCAGUGGCGGUAAAGAAAUGUUCCAAAACGCGCGAUGCACGUGCAAUGUUGUUGUUAAACCUAUUGCUUUUUUGAGGCCGCAGCGAGGGUUUCCAAAUAUGGUACUAAGAAAAAUGAAUAUUCACGAGCAUUGAACGCGAGGUACGCGUUUCGACACCUCAUGAGUUUUUGGACCGCGCGAUGUUCUCAAGUGAAUUUCUCUUCGUCUCUCUAUAAAAUCUGCAUUUAAAUAGUCUGAAAUUUGAAAGAAAUGGUUCUCUAGAGUAACUGCGGGAUUCAGAAACGAGUUAGCAAAUAACCUACGGCAAGAAGGUCUGUACCAGAGUUAAUGAUGAUUUGUUUUCAAUCAGAUUUCCCAGCAGGAGUUAGCCAAAGCUCAACAGACACACACUGAUGUCAACAUGGAGACGGAAGUUGGAUUCAGAACCAGAAUGGACGAUCUUCAUCGAGAGCUUAGUGAAGUUAGGGUGAGUGUUAAAUACCGAAGAACAACAACAGCAACAACAAACAACAAGAAACGUCACUCAAAUCAGUGAAAAAAUACUAAUACAAAAUUUUAAAAAAAGUGCCCCCUUUAAUUUUUGCGUAUAGGCAUUUUCUGUCUUUAAGGAACUUAUUUUUCGUAUACGUAACUGGUGGGUUUUUACUAUUGGGGGUUUUUUGUUUUGCGAUUUUCACCAAAUUGCGUACAACGACUUGCGUUUAUCUGAGUACAGUUUGCAGUCAAAAUCAUGUCUUUUUUUCCGUCUUGGCGUGUAGCCUUUUUCAGGCGUUCAGAUAGUGCUGCUCAAUUCUUUUUGCUCCCUCCCCACAGUCUGAACGCCUGCAACAGACUAGUAGACAGGAGUUCGCGCUGAUAUUUGACUUGGUCUCCAGAGCCGUUAACUCGCCUCUGAUCAGUAUUGUUGGUUUGCACGUGACGUCACGGCGGCCAUGUUGACGGUCAAGAACAAGAGCAUUUCUCUCUUAUGGGAAUUAAACUCUAUUUUCAUAUUAUUUCUUGGAGAAAAAAUUACAUUGUUUCGACUGCCAACAUGGCACGUGGCUGCAAACCGAGAAUAUAAAUGGCGACUCUAGGGGAAAUGGUGAAGUAUGAGCAGGGCUUUUAUUGCUCUAGCUUGCUUUAAGCAAGGUUAAAUUAAUCAAUGGUAAGAGGUUAUUUUAAAUGCACAAAAUUUCCUUGCAAGUUUAUUUUGGGUAAGAAUUUGUCUGUAGCUGCCCUUUUCGAGUAUUGCUUCCAAGAACAUAAACAGUUGGCUAACAUAAAUUCGUGGCUUUGUAGGCCUUACCUGCAUUCGAACAACUGGUUGAGGGCUAUUUUAAAAAAAAGCCGCGGUUUCGUCUCAUCCUUGGUGUAAAAACCUGCGAAACUCACGAGUGACGUAAAACAAUGAAUACCAAGAAGCCACUGAGAAGUCAACACAAUAGAUCCAAGGAUAAUAAUAGCUAGAAAACAAAGAAAAACUUCACAGGUUUUUAUACUACUACAUGAAAAAUUACUGCAAUUUGAUUGGCUUAGAGCAGUGGUAUUUCAGCUUAAUUUGAAAUACCUACAUGUGAAAAUUACAAACCUUUUGCGGGUAGUAGUAUAAACAAAUAAUAGCUUGAUUUGUACGUGAUAUUUGGCAUAAAUACCACUCGUAAUAUUUCAAAAUUCUCUCAAAUUUCACUCGCCUAACGGCUCGUGAAAUUACGUAUAACAAUUUCGAAACAUCACUUGUGAUAUUUAUGCCAAAUAUCACUACAAAUCAUGCUAUUACUUAUACUAACACCGAGGUAAACCCGCGGUUUCUCUGUGGAGAGCGAGUGAGAUUUUUUUUCAACCUACAUGCUUCAAGUUAUUUAUUAAUUGUUUGUUUGUUUAUGUUACCUCAGGUUGCUCAGCAAGUUUUGGAGAACAAGGAAAGAGAGAACGAAAUUCAAUCACUUGUUCAUGAGCUGCGGAAUAAAGAGGUGGGUAGUCAAACAGUGCUCGUUCCUACGUUCGAUUGAAUUAUUUUUCAUUGACUUGCUGCUUAGUGGAGCUAAUUCGCACGAUAAAUCUAUCUUAAUUUAGGUCACGUGUUUCAUCGAUUACCUAGCCUGAGUACCAGAUAUCCCUUAGGGGUUAGGGAAGGGAGAUUUAAGCGGCGGGAGCGUGGGGAAGAGAAGCUGUUUCCCUUUGUCGCUUCUUUCCUCUCCUUUCUACCCAGAAACGUCUGAUACUCAUGCAGGCUAUCGUAAAAUCCCUUGUAGAAUGACACAGUCGCCACCAAACAGUCUGAGCUGAGACAGCAGAAAGCUCUAACUGCUGAAGAGGACAGGAGGCGCAUGAAUCUACUGAACGCUUUACAGCGGGAUUACACCACAACAAGUGAUGAUUCAGAGUCCUUCUGUAAGUACAGCUAGCUAAGCGUAACCUGAGAUCAGGCUCUAUUUUCGUUUCGCUUUAAAAAUUACAUUCCGGCGGGCAUGGCGAAACGAAAUGAGAGCCCAGUUUUAGCGCUGGCCGUUAGAGAGAAUGUAUGAGAACUGCUAAAAUUGGGCCUGAUCUCAGGUUAGCUAAGCGUGCAGUUAGUUAAAGGUACCCCAGAAGGCAGUUGUUCCUAGAGUAACCUGCAUGCGUUAUGCUGGCAAUCAGCGUGCCAGUCUAUCGCAUUAAUGAAUUGUAACACUGGCUUUUAAGUGUCAUAGUUUCCUUUUAUACGCAAUCCAAAUCUUAGGCUUUAUCAGACACGUCGCACUUACAUACUACAAAGUUGUAUCGUAAGGGGCGGCCUUAUGGGCAAACUUGGAUAGACUAUUUUCGAAUCCCCCGCCGUACACUCACACUCUUUUUGCAGCCCAAAUUUUGCAUUAGUUUUCAAAUGCUUUUGGGAAUAUGCAGUGCUGCCAAGAGGAUAUGAAACCAAUAGUUUAUGCAAAAUUUGGGGGGAGGGGGGCACUUGCAGGCCCACAGAUAAGACACUCGCCGACGUUUUGAAAAUAGUUUGCUACUGUAUUUCACACCCAUAACGUGAAACAACCGGCGAAGAAGUGGCUAGCUACUAACCGAGGGCCGUUAUUUCUAAUAGCCCUGAAUGUCUUGGAUUAUCAUACAUUUCUCGGAAACUGCGCACCUACCCCUCCCCUAAGUCAACAUUUUGCCCGAGGUGAAAAGUAAGUGCUAAUGUUGUCUUAGGGGAGGGGUAGGUGGGCAGUUUCCUAGAAACGUAUAAUGAUCCAGUGUCUUUAACCUAGCACGCCUGAGGGACAUUCGUCAAGUUCCCGUGGAGCCUAGGAGACCUUUAAGUGCUAUCCAACCCAGUAACACGGACAGUAGCUCAACUACGGACUGGGACGAGACGAGUGGAACUCCGAUCAGUUCUCAAGGUGAGUACUAGUUAUAAGUAACGUGCAAUGGAAAUUUUUAGUACUCCUAACGUCGCCAAAUCUUUUUAUAUUGGAUUAAAAAACCUUAAGGUAAAAAACUGAAGAAAUACGGAAUCGCGAAUUGCGAAUUGGCGCAUCGUUCAACCUGUAUUUACUGUAACGUUUAGAGACUUCAGACAAAGCGAGUAAAAUCGUUAUUUAUGAUGCAAAUCGAUCGUACAUAACUUUGGAAACAAAGAGGUGUAGUACAUGUAGUGAAGUAUUUUUGCAAAGCCAUCCUUUUAGGACUAAAAUUCUUUAAGUGUUUCUCUUGUGCUUUUAAUUGGUAAGCUCAAGUGUUGAUCUUUUCGUAACGAAACGUUUUAUCCUCGCUUUGGUCUUUCAGAACCGUCGGUUGAACGCCAGCGGGAAACGUUUGAAAAGCGUGAACUUGAACUUAUGGCCGAGGUCCGAGAUCUUAGAAAGCGACUAGCAGCCAGAAGACAGCAACGAGCACCGGACUUUAUAGGACAUACCCAACAAUGAUUACUAGCUGAGAAAGCUUUCUUUUUACAGUAAAAUUCUUUGUAAAUAUAUUGGCAUUGUACAUGAGCAAUUCUUCAGAAACCUAUGUCCGAUUGUCCGGGACAGGUAAAAAUUUAGUUCGGACAAGUAAACCUUUGAUAUAACUUGUCCUUAGGACAAGCACAUUUUUAAUACAAAAAAAAUACAGGAACAGUUGUGAAAAUUGACUUCAAAUUACAGUACAAUUAAAAUUUAUCUUCUUAAUCAUAAAAGCAAACCUCAUGCUGGACGAAAUAAGGUUUAAAGUAUUCCCUUUAACUUCGCGAUUCUGCGGUCAUUUUAUUUGUUUUUACGAGC